AUGGCGGAGAAAACAGUCUAUUUGAUCACUGGUGCAAAUCGAGGACUUGGCUUUGCACUCGUUGCAGCCCUCCUACUGAGGCAACACCACAUCGUCAUCGCCUCUACCCGUCAUGCUACAAUUCCAAGCGAGCUUGAGGCUCUUCCUCGAAAUCCAACUUCCUCAAUCUUACAUGUAACUGCUGCUCAAGAGCCGUGGCCCCCUGAGACUCAAGGCAAUGGCGCGCCAAACUUGAGCACGGCGAAGUUACAGUCUUCCUUGUCACAAGCUCAUCAAAACAUCGAUCAUAUUGAUGUCGUAAUUGCCAAUGCAGGAACCACAGGCGCUCGAGAGUCUAUUCUCGAGACAAAGCAAGAGAACCUACUCGAAUGCCUUCAAGUUAAUGCGCUCGCGCCCCUAGAGCUUCUGCAAGCAAGUUGGCCAUUACUACAGCGUGCUCAAGCACCCAAGUUUGUGCUGAUCGGAAGCAUAGCUGGCAGUGUUUCUGGGAUUGAUGAGACGGGGCGGUGGUCAAACGCUGUCUACGGUGCAAGCAAAGCAGCAGGCCACUAUUUGAUAAGGAAGGCUGGAAAAGAGCUGGAAGGACAGCUUGCAGUGUGUGUAAUACAUCCUGGAUGGGUUCAAAGCGAGACUGGAAACAAGAGAGCCAUUGCCCAAGGAUUGGACAAGGCGCCAGUCACCUUGGAAGCGUCGACGGAAGGAAUUCUCGAUGAGAUAGCACAAAUGACCCCAGGGAAGGAUGCUGGAUUUCGCACCUUCGAUCACGGGUCUAUAGCAUGGUAG